UUUUACUUAAUCGAAUAUCGAUUUUUUUAAAGAUAAACAAUGUUUCAUUUAAUAUCGAAAAAUUUUAAAAAUUCGAAAUUAUGAACUAAAUAAAAAAAAUGCGGUGCUUUUAGUGUACUAUUCUCGGUGAACUUGGAAUUUUAUAAAAUUCUGGCCAAAAUUCUUACAAUUACUUUUAUAAGUAGUGCAAUUUGCCAAAUUCCUAAAAAAACAUCUCUGCUCAAUCCACAACCAAUGGAUCCACUUUAACAAGCCUUCCCAUGAACUAAUUGACAAAAGCCAAACUAGGAAAACAUUGAUUAAUCGUAAAUCAUCUCUCACCAAUAAAAAAUUAUUACAGCAUAUAGUUGGAAUGGGAAAUGAAAGUUCCAAGAUACCCAACACUAGCAACAAUAAUAUAGAUGUUAAAUCCUCGGAAAAGAUACCAUUCCCAAGCCCCUUGGAUUCGAAUGCAAACGAGACAGUUGACUUUUUACUUCAAGAUGCUGAAAAAAAUUCUUUACUAUCAAACUCACAGGCGGGUUCCCCUACGUCUUACAAAAAUAUGUCACCAAAAUCCGAUUAUAGUAAUCGUUCCUCCAACCAAAGCAUCAAUCAAUUAAAUAGAACCAAUGUUCUUCCAAUUGACCAAGACCUAUUAAAAAACGGCAAAAUCGCUACUGUGUUAUCGCAAAAAGGUUCGAAUAUAGACAAUCAAAAAGAUAAACGUAUAACAAAGGAUGAUCUAGACACUCUUACAAAACCCACCAAGAUAGACAACGAUGGAUUUAUAAACUCACCACUUAUUCCUUCCUUAUCUCUCCAAAUACCCACACCCAGUCUUUCUUCUCUUCCUGAAAAUCCUAAAAUAGAUAUAGACAUCAAAGAAAAAAAUUUCGGCAAGAGUGCUGCUUCUUUGAAAAAAAGAAUCUUUAAAUUAUCCAAAAAAUUAACCUUUUCUAAUUCUGUUAAUAGCAUAAGUUCAUCUAGUGAUUUUACUAGCCCAGAGGAAGAGAUUUUGAAUGAAUUACCCCAAAACACUGCUCAAACCGAUUCGACAGAUAUUAAGUCCUUAUCAAAUUCCAAGUUAAAUGACGGAGAAAAGAGUAAAGAGAUUGUUAUAGUUACUGAUGAGAUGAAAGAUUGUAAAGAGGUUGUUAUAGUUACCGAUGAGAUGAAAGAUGAUAAUCUUAAUGAAAGUGAUCAGGGGAACGUAAAUUAUAGCCUUGAACUAAGUACCUCAUCUAGGCAAAGUGGCUCAAAACAAGGAGGUAAUCUGCUCAGAGGAGACUCUAUGCCUACUUCAGGAACCGUUAAUAAAUUGACGCCAGAUACAGAAAUAAAUUCCCCCAAUCCUACUCCAUUAGAAGGCAGAAGAAGGUCUUCGGCUUCAUUAGACGAAAGAGCACUUAACAAAGACAGUUCCAGCUCUGUAAUAGAUGCGUCUAUUUCUCCUAUAGAAAUUUCAAUUCAAAGUGAUCCACGAAAGCUUAAAUUGGAACAGGCUAUUCAGAAAAGAAAAUAUGUGUUGAUGGAGUUGGUUGAGACCGAAAGGGAAUAUGUUAAGGAUCUUGGAACUGUAGUUAAUGGUUACAUGGUAGCAGUUAAGGACCAAAACCCAUGUCCACCCGAGCCUUUGCAAGAGAAAGAAAAAAUGGUUUGGGGCAAUAUUGAACAGAUCUAUGAUUGGCAUAGAGAUGUGUUUUGUAAAGAGAUUGAAAAAUGCUUAGAUAACCCAGAGCUUCCAGGUUGGGCGUUCGUAAAAUUUGAAAGAAGGUUUCAAAUGUACGUCGUAUAUUGCCAAAAUAAACCCAAAUCCGAAUAUAUAGUUUCAGAAUACCUUGACACCUAUUUCGAAGAAGUAAGAUUAAAACUCGGACAAAAAUUGACACUACCCGAUUUAUUGAUUAAACCCGUGCAAAGGGUCAUGAAAUAUCAGUUACUUCUUAAGGAAUAUUUAAAACUGACAGAGAAAAUUAAUACUAUAAUGGUUGAUAUCAAUAACAAUAAGACCCAAGGUGAAGAAAAUUUAAAACUUUUGGAUAUAACACUCAUUAAAAAGGCAGUGGAUGUGAUGUGCGUGGUGCCUAAAGCGGCUAACGAUAUGAUGAAAUUAAGUCGAUUACAAGGAUGGGAUGGAAAAUUAAGUGCUCAAGGAAAGCUGUUGUUACAAGACACUCUUUUAGUUAGUCCCGGUCCCAGUAAUCAACCUUUCAAGGGAAAAGAAUGGCAAGUGUUUUUAUUUGAACAAAUAGUGCUAUUUAGUGAACCUACCUCAUCAUCUUCUUCGUCUAGUGCUAGCUCUAACUCAUCGAUCAGCACAAAGAAAACUUUUAACAACCUUGGAUACAUUUACAAAAAUAGCAUCAAAACUAACAAGUUAAGUUUGACAGAACGCGUCAAAACGGGUGAGGAUGAUGGACCUGAUACUGUUAACGAUGAAUCAAGGUUUAUUUUAACAGGCCGUUCUCCGGAAUACGGAGAGAUAAAUUUUGUAUGCCAGGCUAGCAGUAAAGAAGCUAAGAGCAUUUGGAUAAACCAGAUUAAAUCAAUGUUAAGCUUACAGCGGGACUUCUUAAGAGCUUUGCAGUCACCUAUAGCUUAUCAGAAACAUUUACACUCUAGCUCAUCUACUCCUAAUGAUAAUUUAAACCCUUCUCCGGUAAGCAAUAACACAACUAAUAUUAAUUCAGCUGAUAAAUACAAGGGCAAAUCGAAGGGCCCAUCAAUCUUGAAGGAUAGACAAAAGUACAAAGACUUGCUUCUUAAUCGGAAAAAGAGUCCAACAUUAACUGAUGUGAAUAUUCUUAAUAAUACAUCUCUUACAAACGAUAAUAUAAUCCCUAAUCUUGAAUCAACUACUAACAAUUUACCAAUCAGAAAUCUUAAAUCCAAAAAUGAUAACGAAAAUAUUUUAAUGGCUAACAAAAAAAUUAACAGUAUAGGCGGGCCUUUGAGUGGGUCCAAUAGCACUGGUAUGGGUUUAUUGGCAUCUCUCAGGAAAGCUGUAUCUCAGCCAAGUAGAAGCAAGCUUAACGAGGCUCACAAAAAACUCGACGAAUUACGCCGUAAACAUAAUGCCACAGAAAGUGAAAGCAUUAAGAGUGAUUCUAUAAAUGUUAAAUAUAAUGCGAAUGAUGUCGAAAUUGACAGAAAAGAUGUUAUGUUAAUUAAUGUUUCCUCGGAUCCCGGUUUAAAUAUAUCUGAUUCUAAGGACUACCCUCAAUCAUCGGCUUUCACUUAUCCAUCAAAAUCAAAGGCCUUGACAUUUGACCCACAUGUACAUUUUCUUUUACGCUCUACUAUCGCUCAUAUUCAACCAACGGUGGGUAUAGUUCUUUACAACAAUUACAAUGUCAGCACAAAUACAUCGAACAACAAUUUCUGUACUAGCCUAAUAAACGAUGACUACAAUUUUCAAUUCAAACUGGAUAUUGUUCAUCCCAAGGAUCAAAAUUUUCGCGAUUUAGAUAUGCGCACUCAAUUGACUUAUGCUCUUUUGUUGUUUUAUUUGAAAAAGUCCCAAAAAAUUAUUGAUAAUAUUGAAAUUACUGAUGAUUCACACAAAGGUUUAACAUUUUUAUCUUGGUUCAAGGUGUCAAAGGAUUUGAAUAUUCCUAAGACACGUGGUGAAAAGGCUUGUCAAAGCAAAAUAUUUAAACGAAUAUGGAAGGACUAUAAGAAUUUGAGAAAAUCUAACAAAAUAUUUACACAAAACGAAAAAAUUGACAUACAUAUUUUACCUAGAUUCAUGCCAUUAGAAGAUUUAUCUUUUAAAUGUGAUUUUAUUCGCAGUGCUAAGAAUGAUUUUAAUAACAAAGAGAUCGAUAACGGUAAUAAUGCAUGCCAAAAUUCCUCGCUGCUCAUUAAUUUCGAUAAAUACAAGCUCAAUGAUACAGGGAGUUACUAUUUAUACUUCGACGAAACUCAUUUUAUUCAUAGCGGUCAUCAAAUAGCUCUACACAAGAAUUAUAAGAGUUUACCCAAUAUAAAUUCUCAAUCAAUAACCAGCAACAUAAAAAUAUACAAUACUACUAAUAGACGAAAAAUCCAAGAUCAUCCCUUAACCCAAAUUUCAUUAACUAGGCAUAGUUCAUUCAAAAAUCAUAACUGUUUUCCAUUUUAUCUAUUCGUAUUAGAACCUCCAUUUAUAUUAUGGAAACCCACUAUUUCAGAAAGUUCUCAACUCGGGAUACGUCUAAACUGGAGAUGUUCGCCUGAUAUCACGAAUACUUUUGCAACCUUACCAUUUAUCAUACAAAUUCAGCAUUCCAAUGAAAAUCGAUUUUCACCCACUCCACAAAAAAAAAGUUCUUGAAAAAAUUAUUAGCAGUCCCGAUAUGAGUCAAAUUCCUCCUAACUCGGAAAGCAAAAAAUGGAUUGAUCUUUGUACUUGUAUUAGAACGCAAUCGGCUAUCGUGGAUAAAUAUAUGGUGCUCAAGGAUUCCCCUCAUUUUAAAUUACGCGU